AUGUCCACAUCUUAUAUGACAAGUCAGCACUAUGCCAGUUGUAUCAGACAUGACAGGGGCGACGUGGUGCGGAUUAUAUCAGCAGGUGACAGAAGGGUCACAGCCAGAAGAUGGGCGACUCUUAUACGGUGUGGUGAACGGGGUCCAGUAUAUCCUGUUGGUGCCCUGGGUCCGGUAUAUUCUAUUGGUGCCCUGGGUCCAGUAUAUUCUAUUGGCGCCCUGGGUCCAGUAUAUUCUGUUGGUGCCCUGGGUCCAGUAUGUUCUGUUGGUGCCCUGGGCCCAGUAUAUUCUAUUGGUGCCCUGGGUCCAGUGUGUUCUGUUGGUGCCCUGGGUCCAGUAUAUUCUGUUGGUGCCCUGGGUCCAGUAUAUUCUGUUGGUGCCCUGGGUCCAGUAUAUUCUGUUGGUGCCCUGGGUCCAGUAUAUUCUAUUGGUGCCCUGGGUCCAGUGUGUUCUGUUGGUGCCCUGGGUCCAGUAUAUUGUGUUGGUGCCCUGGGUCCAGUAUAUUGUGUUGGUGCCCUGGGUCCAGUAUAUUCUGUUGGUGCCCUGGGUCCAGUAUAUUCUGUUGGUGCCCUGGGUCCAGUAUAUUCUGUUGGUGCCCUGGGUCCAGUAUAUUCUGUUGUUGCCCUGGGUCCAGUAUAUUCUGUUGGUGCCCUGGGUCCAGUAUAUUCUGUUGGUGCCCUGGGCCCAGUAUAUUCUGUUGGUGCCCUGGGCCCAGUAUAUUCUGUUGGUGCCCUGGGUCCAGUAUAUUCUGUUGGUGCCCUGGGUCCAGUAUAUCCUGUUGGUGCCCUGGGUCCAGUAUAUCCUGUUGGUGCCCUGGUCCCAGUAUAUUCUGUUGGUGCCCUGGGUCCAGUAUAUUCUGUUGGUGCCCUGGGUCCAGUAUAUCCUGUUGGUGCCCUGGGUCCAGUAUAUCCUGUUGGUGCCCUGGUCCCAGUAUAUUCUGUUGGUGCCCUGGGUCCAGUAUAUUCUGUUGGUGCCCUGGGUCCAGUGUGUUCUGUUGGUGCCCUGGGUCCAGUAUAUUCUGUUGGUGCCCUGGGCCCAGUAUAUUGUGUUCGUGCCCUGGGUCCAGUAUAUUGUGUUGGUGCCCUGGGUCCAGUAUAUUCUGUUGGUGCCCUGGGUCCAGUAUAUUCUGUUGGCGCCCUGGGUCCAGUAUAUUCUAUUGGCGCCCUGGGUCCAGUAUAUUCUGUUGGUGCCCUGGGUCCAGUAUAUUCUGUUGGUGCCCUGGGUCCAGUAUAUUCUGUUGGUGCCCUGGGUCCAGUAUAUUCUAUUGGCGCCCUGGGUCCAGUAUAUUCUAUUGGCGCCCUGGGUCCAGUAUAUUCUAUUGGCGCCCUGGGUCCAGUAUAUUCUGUUGGCGCCCUGGGUCCAGUAUAUUCUGUUGGUGCCCUGGGUCCAGUAUAUUCUGUUGGUGCCCUGGGUCCAGUAUAUUCUGUUGGCGCCCUGGGUCCAGUAUAUUCUGUUGGUGCCCUGGGUCCAGUAUAUUCUGUUGGUGCCCUGGGUCCAGUAUAUUCUGUUGGUGCCCUGGGUCCAGUAUAUUCUGUUGGUGCCCUGGGUCCAGUAUAUUCUGUUGGUGCCCUGGGUCCAGUAUAUUCUGUUGGUGCCCUGGGACCAGUAUAUUCUGUUGGUGCCCUGGGUCCAGUAUAUUCUCUUGGUGCCCUGGGUCCAGUAUAUUCUGUUGGUGCCCUUGGUCUAGUAUAUUCUGUUGGUGCCCUGGGUCCAGUAUAUUCUGUUGGUUCCCUGGGUCCAGUAUAUUGUGUUGGUGCCCUGGGUUCAGUAUAUUCUAUUGGUGCCCUGGGUCCAGUAUAUUCUGUUGGUGCCCUGGGUCCAGUAUAUUGUGUUGGUGCCCUGGGUCCAGUAUAUUCUAUUGGCGCCCUGGGUUCAGUAUAUCCUGUUGGUGCCCUGGGUCCAGUAUAUUGUGUUGGUGCCCUGGGUCCAGUAUAUUGUGUUGGUGCCCUGGGUCCAGUAUAUUGUGUUGGUGCCCUGGGUCCAGUAUAUUCUGUUGGUGCCCUGGGUCCAGUAUAUUCUGUUGGUGCCCUGGGUCCAGUAUAUUCUGUUGGUGCCCUGGGUCCAGUAUAUUCUGUUGGUGCCCUGGGUCCAGUAUAUUCUGUUGGUGCCCUGGGUCCAGUAUAUUCUGUUUGUGCCCGGGGUCCAGUAUAUUCUAUUGGUGCCCUGGGUCCAGUAUAUUCUAUUGGUGCCCUGGGUCCAGUAUAUUCUGUUGGUGCCCUGGGUCCAGUAUAUUCUAUUGGUGCCCUGGGUCCAGUAUAUUCUAUUGGUGCCCUGGGUCCAGUAUAUUCUAUUGGUGCCCUGGGUCCAGUAUAUUCUAUUGGUGCCCUGGGUCCAGUAUAUUGUGUUGGUGCCCUGGGUCCAGUAUAUUCUAUUGGCGCCCUGGGUCCAGUAUAUCCUGUUGGUGCCCUGGGUCCAGUAUAUUCUGUUGGUGCCCUGGGUCCAGUAUAUUCUGUUGGUGCCCUGGGUUCAGUAUAUUCUGUUGGUGCCCUGGGUCCAGUAUAUUCUAUUGGUGCCCUGGGUCCAGUAUAUUCUAUUGGUGCCCUGGGUCCAGUAUAUUCUGUUGGUGCCCUGGGUCCAGUAUAUUCUGUUGGUGCCCUGGGUUCAGUAUAUUCUAUUGGUGCCCUGGGUCCAGUAUAUUCUAUUGGUGCCCUGGGUCCAGUAUAUUCUAUUGGUGCCCUGGGUCCAGUAUAUUCUGUUGGUGCCCUGGGUCCAGUAUAUUCUGUUGGUGCCCUGGGUCCAGUAUAUUCUGUUGGUGCCCUGGGUCCAGUGUGUUCUGUUGGUGCCCUGGGUCCAGUAUAUUCUAUUGGUGCCCUGGGUCCAGUAUAUUCUGUUGGUGCCCUGGGUUCAGUAUAUUCUGUUGGUGCCCUGGGUUCAGUAUAUUCUGUUGGUGCCCUGGGUUCAGUAUAUUCUAUUGGUGCCCUGGGUCCAGUAUAUUCUAUUGGUGCCCUGGGUCCAGUAUAUUCUAUUGGUGCCCUGGGUCCAGUAUAUUCUAUUGGUGCCCUGGGCCCAGUAUAUUCUAUUGGUGCCCUGGGUCCAGUAUAUUCUAUUGGUGCCCUGGGCCCAGUAUAUUCUAUUGGUGCCCUGGGUCCAGUAUAUUCUAUUGGUGCCCUGGGUCCAGUAUAUUCUAUUGGUGCCCUGGGCCCAGUAUAUUCUAUUGGUGCCCUGGGUCCAGUAUAUUCUAUUGGUGCCCUGGGUCCAGUAUAUUCUAUUGGUGUGGCAAAGAACAAGCGAUGA